CCCCCCGCGCGCGCCCACUUCCGGCUCCCGCCGCCGCUCCUCUGUAGCGCAUGCGCAGAGCGCGCGGAACGGCCUGGCCCGAGCGGGCGGAGGGAGCGCGAGCGCCCGGGGGACCCCCCCAAGAUGACUCAGUUCCUGCCCCCCAAUUUACUGGCGCUCUUUGCCCCCCGGGACCCCAUCCCCUACCUGCCCCCUCUGGAGAAGUUGCCUCAUGAGAAGCACCACAACCAGCCCUAUAGCGGCAUCGCCCCCUAUAUCCGGGAGUUUGAGGACCCCCGAGAUGCGCCCCCCCCGACCCGUGCUGAGACGCGAGAGGAACGGAUGGAGAGGAAGAGACGGGAGAAGAUUGAGCGAAGGCAACAGGAAGUAGAGAGUGAGCUCAAGAUGUGGGACCCACACAAUGACCCCAAUGCUCAAGGAGAUGCUUUCAAGACCCUCUUUGUGGCCAGAGUGAACUACGACACAACUGAGUCAAAGCUGCGCCGUGAGUUCGAGGUGUAUGGCCCCAUCAAGCGGAUCUACAUGGUGUACAACAAGCGCUCUGGGAAGCCCCGUGGUUACGCCUUCAUCGAGUACGAGCACGAGCGGGACAUGCACUCCGCCUAUAAACAUGCUGAUGGGAAGAAGAUCGACGGGCGCCGCGUGCUGGUGGAUGUGGAAAGGGGACGCACGGUGAAGGGAUGGAGACCCCGGCGCUUGGGGGGAGGCUUGGGGGGGACCCGCAGAGGAGGAGCCGAUGUGAACAUCAGGCACUCGGGCAGGGACGAUACCUCCCGCUAUGACGAGAGGGACCGGGAACGGGAGCGGGAGCGGGAGCGCCGGGAGCGUUCUCGGGAACGGGAGCGGCGCCGUUCGCGCUCCCGGGACCGGCGCCGCCGCACGCGGAGCCGCGAGAAGGAAGAACGGGACCGGAAGCGGGGCGGGAGCCGGGACCGCAGCAAAGAGCGAGACCGGAAGCGCCGCAGCCGCUCCCGCGACCGCAAACGGGAUCGCGACCGGGAUCGCGACAAGAAGGAGGAGGGGCUCGAACCCAUGGAGCCCCUCGAGGACCUAGGGGGCAGCGGGGGGAUGGGCGGCAUUCCCGAUCCCGGUCCCCCGGACGGGCUGGGAUCCAAAGGGGACGGGGAGGACAAGAGCCGGGAGCGGGACCGGGAGCGGCGCCGCGGGCACCGGGAGCGGGAGCGGCGCCGGGAGCGCGAACGGGAACGGGAGAGGCCGGAGCGCGAGCACAAACGGGAACGGGAGCGUUUGGAACGGCGGGAGGAGAGGCCCCCCGGGCCGGAUGCGCAGGAUGCCAUGGGCGGGGGGGGCGACCCCGGCUCCGAGCUGUUCCUGCAGUCGGAUUCCCUCCCGCCGCCCGAGGGGUACAUGGGGGCUGAGAACGGGUACCUGAUGGAGCCCCCCAUGGAGUGAGGGGGGGAGCCCCCAAAACGGACACCCCCAAAAUCCCCGUUUUUGUGCU